AGAUCCGGAGAAGAAGCGUGUGGACGGGAUUGGAAUACAGGCUGGUCCUCGGCUUACGACCACGGCGGGGCCCAACGUUUACCGAAUGGGCACUGAGCGAAGUGCUGUAAGUCGAGGGCAGCCCCUAGAGAGAAUCCCGACUCAUCUAUGGGAAGUCCUUGAGUUAGGACGGAGCCCCAAGCGUCAAGCGUUAAGUGGUUCUGGCUUCCCCCUUGAGUUGACUUGACUUGACUUGACUUGACGUAGAGCCUGAUGGAAAUAGAGGAAGAGAUGCUCUCCAGCAGCGAAUCCAAAGUGAAGGAAGGCGACUCGAGCGAUCAGGAGGAAUCGGAGAACACUUUGAUCAUCUACAAGCUGCUGGAGUUCCAGAAGGUGAACGAGAUCCUCUACGAAGAGCUGCAGAAAGCGCGGAACGACUACGAGCUGGCCUCAGGCGCGAUUUCAUCCCUGCAAAGAGAAUUGUCCUUCGGGGAAUCCCAACUCCGGAACGCUGAAGUGGAGAAGGAAUCUUUGCAGAAGGAGCUCCGGGAACGAGGCGAGCAGCUGGAGGCCAUGUCCAAUAAGUUUUCCAACUUGCGGGAGGAGAGGAAACACGAAGAAAUGAUGGGCACCAUCGAGAGAGAUAAUUGCAGGCUUCAACAGGAGGUGACCCAGCUGGAAGUCCACCUGGCGGACAGAGACCAGGCCAUCCACACUUUGCAAAUCACCGUCCAGCAGCUCCAGUCCGAGUUACUGGUCAACCAGCAUCAUACCAGGAAGCAGCUGAGCAGCCAGAAUGACCUCCAGAAGCAGCUGGACAUUUUGCAACGGGCGGAACAGCAGACCAGAGUCACCCUGGAGAGUGUCAGCGCCCGGUUUGAAAGGUUCCGCAGCAAAAUUAUACAAGCCGCUUACAGCACGCCCGGCACCAAAUCCCCGCAGGCAGAAAUCACCGACGAGGAGAUUUUAGAGGCCUUGCAGAAAAUCAUAACGGACCGUCUGGACUUCCAUCAGAUGCUGAAGCAGAAAGGGGUGAAGGUGCCAUCGCUCAGCUCCGAGCCUGCCCCGCCGCCCACUCAUAAGAAAAAAGCCGGAGGGAAAUAAUAAAUCCCUCCCCCCCCUUUUUUUUAACCCAACCCCCCAAAAAUAACAUCUGUCGAAUUUCUUAUUCUGUUCCUUUUCCUGUCUCCAAUUAAACGAUGGCACUCAUGGGCUUCCCCCCCCCCACCGCUUUUCUUCUGCGUUAGUAUGAUUGUUAAUUGUAAUUCGUACGAUGAGUAGCAGAAGCGUUAGUAGUACCGCUUCGUAAAGCCUUAGUAAGGCCGCAUCCCAGUUUUGGGUCCCCAUGUUGCAAGAAUGUUUAUCCCCCUGUUUGUACCCCCUUCCCUGAUUGAAUUGUGAGCCGCCCUGAAUCCCCUUCGGGGAAAAGGGCAGCAUAUAAAUGUA